AUGAACCGAUUUGAAUUUUUCUGCAGAAAUAUGCAUGUUGUCAUUUCAAUGAUUGAUGUUGUUUUGAGAUUGUGAUGCUUUAAAAUGUAAGAUUUUAUUUUAGAUAACUGAAUCAAGACGCCAGCCUGUGCUGUAGCUACAUGUAAGGUCUGGAGUGGAGGUUGGUCGAACAAGAAAACUGAAGCCUCAUUUUUUAGAUUUCCAAAGAAUCCCGAAGUCCAGGCUGCGUGGGUGCAUAGGUGUUACCGCCAAGAUCAAUUCAAUGUAAAAAAAAACGCUGUUGUGUGCUCUGAACACUUUGUUGACUCACCUGUUCAACUCACCUGUUGGGUUUCCUUGACUCACCAGUGCAUGAGGAGAGGCAGGAAACCGUGUAGGAAAGAGACGCGCCAAUUCCCCUGGUUACGCUGGGCGCUGAGAGAUGGACCGCAGGGGAUUGGGGUAGUGCGUCUGCUUGGAGUUGGGGGAGGAAAAAUUCUAGAUGUGAUAAGCUGUGCGGUAUCAGUUCAGUACCGGCUGUCACGGUACUGUUUGAUUCGCUCCUUCGCGAAUCGCGAAUGAGACUGACUAUGAUCCAUCAUAUCUAGUCAAGAGAACUCUGAUGCCAAAUGUGAAGCCUUCACUGAAACCAGAUGCCAUCCCUUCAAGGAACCUACCCUCAGCCUCAUCACUGUCAAGGCCAGGAGAUGACACCAGGGGAGGCCGACUCGAGCAGAGGAAGGAGAGGGUGGUGGUGAAACAGCUUCUUGAACAAGGGCCUGGACAGAUGGAGAUCAGUGGCAGCGACAGCAGCUUCGCGAUCCAGCAGACGAGGAGGCUGCCGAGCAGCACGAGCAAUGGGAGGCCGCCUACCAGUCGGCGAUGGGCCAGCCGCCUCUGCCACCCGCCCCUCCUGCUCACGAGGACAACAGUCCGGACACAGAAGAGGCCGGGCCAUCCAAUACUCGACCGCGGACCGCUGAACUCGGCGUCAACCGCGAGGCGCUCGCGUUCGUGGCCGGCUAUGUGGCAUUCAAAUGCCGGCAGAUCCGCGGCGACCUCGGCCAACCGACCUCGUCUUCUCUGGCGCCAGCGUCCGUACCGAGCCGCUGGCUGGAGACAAUCAGCCGCGGCAGCCUCUACGUCCCCAGCCAGUGGUGGAUGGGCGUGGUGGAAGAUUUCAACGACACGUUCAGUGACGUGAUGGGGCCGACCGCGGUCAAGACGCCUGGCAUCGUGAAGCGCCUGACAGACUGCGUGCUCGCCCGAGCUCCAGGGCUGGACGAGCGAAUCGCCAGGAAGCUGGCAAGCACGCGGCUGCACCUGCGACUCCGCUGGCUCAACACCGCUCGAGCAGCAGCUGAAGCGGAAAAGUACCAGCUGAGGAAGCUAGCCCAACACGCGAAGAGCAAGCGGUAGUCGGUGCGCUCACCUCCUACGCAGACGAGGCCGUCGGUCGGCACGUUGCCUUCGGACAUUAUAGGAUGUGCAAUGUGCAUACUUCUGUUUGGACAGAGCGGCGGCGCCUGGCCGCCUGCCAACUUGUGACCCCGCCAGUUGGCCGGCUGACAUUGGCCGGAUGGGGCCGGUCGGUGCGCUCCUCGUGUGUGCGGCCGGUGUAGUGGCGCGACGGGUGAUUCUCGACGGGUGAUGGGCGAGUGAGACGGGUGAUGGGCGAGUGUUGAAUGAUUGAGUCGCGUGACUCGGAGCCGGUCGGGGUGAGUGACUCUGAGACGGUGGGGUGGUUGCUGCGGUCGCUGUCUCGCCCCGCCGUGCCGAGCAGCGGCACGCCGAGGACGAGAGUUCCAGCCGAGUGAUAUCGGAGUCAGCCGCGGCCGUGCGCUGCUUCAACAGCCUACCUAGUUCGACAUCUGGUACUGGCUCCGGUGGGGGGUCGUAAGUGUAACGGUGGCAGGACCUCUAGUGACAGUCACUCAGCUGAUGACUCUGCUCACCUAGAUGUUUCUCGGAUCAGCGAGGGCAUGGACUCAAGUGCGGCCGUCUCUGGAGGUUCAGUGAACCGCCGACAGACGGGGCUGGACAGACCUCGCUGCUGGACUGUGCGCGGGAGUCGGUGGUCCAGCUGGUGUACCUGUCUCCAUCGUUGCGGAAGGAGGGUGUACACAGUAGCGGUGGAGGCGGCGCUGGAGGUUCAGUCAGCGGUGCCGACCGGGUAGCUGGGCAGGCGACUACCGAGAGAGAUGCCCGGUCCUGUCGGCCUCUCCACCGGACGGACGGCACACGGGCGGGAGAUCUACUGGACGAGUUCGGCUGAGUCCGCCCCUGCCGGUGCCACGCCACAGGGCGGCUAACCCGCGGCGGGUCUAGUGAACUGGGGAGGAGGGGGAGUGGCAGUGAGUCGCAGAGGGAAGGGGCGAUGGUGGUGACACCCUGACAUUCUAAUGUUCAACCUACUGGACGCUCAGUGCCAUUGCCAGAGCCAGAUAGUACAGGGAACGGGUCGGGCCGGCCCUGAUGUCGCCAGGGCCGGGAACCGGUUCAGAAGGGACGGGACGGUGUGUCUGGAGAGGGUUUCUCAUCUGGUCAGGUGAUGAGCUUGGGAGGUUCGGAUGUGACUCGUGUGUCCAGCCAGGUGGACAUUACAUAGAGAUUGUUAUUAGAGAUGAGUAGUUUCUUACAGAUGUUGUCUCUGCUGUGAACACGGUGAACUGUUUCACACUACGGUUUGUGAUACUGAAAGCUGUGAAAUGCUUUUGAUGUUGAUUGAGUUUCGUUCUGUUGAAGCAGUUCCUAGUUCUACUUACUAUUUGUAAUGUGCUAUGACCGUCCGUGAUGUUUUCCGCGGCCUGAUGUGGACGUCAUCACGAAUGAUGCCCGAGGCGGGCGCGGCUGACCGAUGUUGUACUUCAAUCCUAGUAUUCUGAUGCCUGUGAUCUAGAGGGUACUGUGGUAGGGUACUUCAUCCAUCGGCGUCACUUUUCGGCACGGUGUUGUGAUUGGCCAAACUGGCCGUUUGGUGAUCUUGAAUUCUUGAGGACACUGACAGUCUAAUAGAUCACCGUAUGGUGACUGCUGUGCUC